AUAUCUACAAAAAUGAAAUUCGUUAUUGUUUUUGCUGCUUUGUUCGCUAUCGCUCUUGCUGCCCCAGCACAACAAGAAGCGCAAGUAUUACGUUACGAUUCGGAUGUACAGCCUGAGGGAUAUAAGUUCAUUGUCGAGACCAGUGAUGGUAAAACCCAUCAAGAAGAGGGACAACUCAAGGACGCUGGCACCGAUCACGAAGCCAUUGUAGUACGUGGCUCCUACUCAUAUGUUGGUGAUGAUGGUGUUACCUACACAGUGACCUAUCUUGCCGAUGAGAAUGGUUUCCAGCCUGAGGGAGCACAUUUGCCACAUGCUUAGAGUGUGUAUUGUGAAAUAUCCUCGAAAGAAAAAAAACGGACAAGGAUGUUCCUUUCAUAAUACUCAAUACGUUGUGUUA